GGAAUCUGUCCCGUUUCUCAGAUGAAGCUUAAGCAAUGGCGACGAGGAUAGCAAAUCAUCUCCCAAACUCCACCUUCUUCUCAAACAUUCUCCAAUCCUGCAUUCAGUGGAAAUCCCUCCGAGCCGUACAACAAACCCAUGCACACCUCCUCAAAACCCAGUUCUCCUCCGAGAUCUUCAUCCUUAAUCGCCUCAUCGAUUCCUACGCGAAAUGUGGCUCCUUUCUUUACGCACGGAACCUGUUCGACGGAAUGCCGCAGAGGAACAUCUUUUCAUAUAACACUAUGCUCACAGCGCUCACCAAGUCAGGCAGGCUUGAAGAUGCUGACAUGCUAUUCCGCUCCAUGCCUGAUCAUGAUCAGUGUUCUUGGAACUCCAUGGUGUCCGGGUUCUCACAGCAUGGGCAUUUCGAAGACUCGCUCGGGUUCUUUAAUGUCAUGCAUGGUGAGGAUUUUGUUCUCAAUGCCUACUCUUUUUCUAGUGCUCUUUGUUCUUGUGCAGGGAUUAUGGACUUGAGAACAGGCAUGCAAAUUCAUGCAUUGGUUUCAAAGUCGGGCCUUUCACACGAUGUUUAUAUGGGGACUGCUUUAUUGGAUAUGUACUCCAAGUGUAAGAGGCCAUUGGAUGCAUUUCGAGUUUUUGAGAUGAUGAAGGAGAGGAACACAACGACAUGGAAUAGCUUGAUCACUUGUUAUGAACAGAAUGGUCCGGCUAAUGAAGCUCUUGUGGUGUAUGUGAGAAUGAUGGAUUGCGGUGUUGAGUUUGAUGAAGUAACACUUGCUAGUGUGGCCAGUGCGUGUGCAACUCUGUCUGCUAUUAGAGAAGGUUUGCAAAUCCAUGCACGUGUGAUCAAAUUUGAAAGGUUUAAUAAUGAUCUUGUUUUGAGCAAUGCUUUGGUUGACAUGUAUGCAAAAUGUAGUAGAAUUGAGGUGGCGAGAAGAAUAUUUGAUCGCAUGCCUGUCAGGAGUACAGUUGCAGAGACUUCUAUGAUUAGUGGCUACGCAAAGAGCUCAAGUGUUGAAGAUGCAAAACUAGUAUUUUCUAGGAUGACAGAAAAGAAUAUUAUAGCUUGGAAUGCGCUCAUUGCCGGAUAUACGCAGAAUGGGGAUGAUGAAGAGGCAGUAAGAUUGUUUCGGAGAUUGAAGAGGGAGUCUGUUUGGCCAACACACUACACAUUUGGAAACAUCCUCAAUGCAAGUGCUAACCUUUCAGAUUUUCAAAUAGGCAAGCAAGCCCAUUGUCAUGUUUUAAAACAUGGAUUUCGGUUUGAGGCUGGACCAGAGACUGAUAUCUUUGUUGGCAAUUCACUUGUGGACAUGUAUCUCAAGUGUGGGUCUGUUGAUGAAGGGGGCAAAGUGUUUGAGAGGAUGAUUGGGAAGGACAGGGUGUCAUGGAAUGCCAUGAUUGUAGGAUAUGCGCAAAAUGGUCGUGGUGAAGAAGCAUUGCAUCUUUUCAAAAGGAUGCUGAGCUCCGGGGAAACACCUGACAAUGUGACUAUGAUUGGUGUUCUCUCCGGUUGCAGCCAUGCUGGAUUGGUUGAUGAUGGUCGUCAAUACUUUCAGUCCAUGACUAGAGAAUUUGGUCUGGUUCCAUGUCGAGACCACUAUACGUGCAUGGUUGAUUUGCUUGGCCGUGCAGGUCAUCUAGCUGAAGUGGAGGCAUUCAUCAAAGAGAUGCCGGUUGCACCUGAUUCUGUUCUUUGGGCUUCAUUGCUUGCUGCCUGCAAGGCACAUGGCAAUGUCAAGUUGGGAGAAUGGGCUGCAGAAAUGCUCUUUGAGCUUGAUUCAGCAAGUUCAGGACCAUAUGUUCUUCUUUCAAAUAUUUAUGCAGAGAUAGGACAAUGGGAAGACGUAGGAAGAAUCAGAAAGUUGAUGAAGAAUAAGGGUGUUAUUAAACAGCCAGGCUGCAGUUGGAUUGAGAUAGAACGAAAGGUUCAUGUUUUCAUGGUAAGGGAUAAAAGGCACCCAAGAAGGAAGAGCAUCUAUAAUAUCCUGAAAAUCCUGCAAACACAAAUGAAGAGAUCCAGCAUGGAGAUCUUUGUUGGGAUGAAUUUGUCAUAUGCUUGCAGCUUCCAAUCAUGAAGCACUGUUCUUGAUCAACUUCCAAUUCUACACUUCAUUUGGUACAAAUUUUAAAGAGCAGCCAGCAAAGAUUGCAUGUAUGAUUGGAUAAAUUUUAUUUGUUCUUUGCUUCUGAAUGGAACAGAAUGAUUAACUUCAUUGCCACAGAAGGAUACAAUCUUUGGAACCUUAUAUUGUGUUUGUUGGUAUUCGGCAACCAACAUUAUGCCAAGGAUUAAAUUGUUUUCUUCAAAGCUGCGGAUGAUUCACAUUGAAGAAUGCAGUGCAGAAGAUGGAAAUUUGGUGGUGUCUUUCACUAGUCCAUUUGACUUGUGAUGAUAUAUAUAUAUAUAUAUAUAUAUAUGUAUAUGAUGAUAUGAAGGCCAGAAGAAAUCACAAGUGUGUGAAAAGUAGGAAAAAGACUAAGACUUUCAUUUUCAUUUUCAUUUGGAGAGCAGACUUUGGAAUUUGGAAGAUUGAUGAGUAAACAGAGAAAUAAAUUAGUAUGAAAACAUUCUCUAUCUCACUUCCUCUAUCUAUCUGUACUAUACACAGAUGCCAUGGCAAGCUCAAGUGAGAUCAGUGAGAUCAUGUUGAAAGUAUCACAUGGGAAGUUCGGAGCAUGGGCUUGGACAAUACCAGAGAACCAUGAUGUUGGCAAAGAUGUAGAAGAACAAGAAGAAGAAGUUGCAUCUCUGCAGUUAUGGGAGAAACAUAGGAAUCCUCAUGGAGUUACUGAAAAGCAGUUGAUGAUGAAGUAUUGGAAAGAGAUGAUGGAGUUGGUAGGAGAUGCACCAGAGAACACUUAUGAGCUUUCAUUCAGAGACAUUGUGGAUGUCACUUGGAAAGAAAAGAAUGAUGAGAAUGAGAAUGAGUCUUCCAAGGAUAAAGUGGAUAAGAAAAGGAAUAAAUGGAUGAAAGGAAGGGUGGCAAGAAGUGAAAACUUGGGGAAUGGCCUGCUUUUAAAGAUGUUUGUCCCGGGGAACAUGGCAAGGAGGAGCAGUUUUAGUGUCAAUGGUGCUCAUUCAAAGGUCAUUCCGAAGGCUAUGGUAGCUGAGGGGGAAUGGAGGAGAAAGGAUCUUGGUGAAUCGAGUAGCUUCGACUCGAACAACAGCAUCAACCACACAGGAUGGAGGAAAAUGAGUGCCUGUUUACCCUUGCUUCACAAAGCCAUGAAAAAAUGAGGCCUUCUUUGAUUUAAUUAUGUGGAUGUUGCAUGCUAUGAUACCAAUGCCAAUGUUUGAUGUAUCCAAAUGAAAAUGCUUGUGAGGAGCUCUCAGGUUAUCAAAAUGAUCGGCAAAUACUACGAAGGUUUCUGAAGGAAUUGUCGAUCCUACCGCUUUAUAGUAAAAGUUGACUUAUCCGUGUUAUUGUAUAUGAUCAGAUAUUAUGAACCAGUAUUUUCUGUAAUGUUAUGUAAAGCUAGAAUUAUCAGCAAGUAAUAAAACCUU